AUGGAAUUCUUAAGGUUGAUGAGGUCAUAUGACUUCAGCCGACACGGAAAUACACUGGCAGCAGGCGAAGAUAAAACCAUAAUUUUUACUGGCGUCGUUCCCUCAACCGGCCACAACCGGACGAGGACGGUGCGGCGUCGCUUCCUCUUCCUCAACGACAAACAACCGGCCACAACCGGACGAGGACGGUGCGGCGUCGCGUCCUCUUCCUCGACGACAAACAACCGGCCACAACCGGACGAGGACGGUGCGGCGUCGCGUCCUCUUCCUCAACGACAAACAACCGGCCACAACCGGACGAGGACGGUGCGGCGUCGCGUCCUCUUCCUCAACGACAAACAACCGGACGAGGACGGUGCGGCGUCGCGUCCUCCUCCUCGACGACAAACAACCGGCCACAACCGGACGAGGACGGUGCGGCGUCGCGUCCUCCUCCUCGACGACAAACAACCGGCCACAACCGGACGAGGACGGUGCGGCGUCGCGUCCUCUUCCUCAACGACAAACAACCGGCCACAACCGGACGAGGACGGUGAGGCGUCGCGUCCUCUUCCUCAACGACAAACAACCGGCCACAACCGGACGAGGACGGUGCGGCGUCGCGUCCUCUUCCUCAACGACAAACAACCGGCCACAACCGGACGAGGACGGUGCGGCGUCGCGUCCUCUUCCUCAACGACAAACAACCGGACGAGGACGGUGCGGCGUCGCGUCCUCUUCCUCAACGACAAACAACCAGACGAGGACGGUGCGGCGUCGCGUCCUCUUCCUCAACGACAAACAACCGGCCACAACCGGACGAGGACGGUGCGGCGUCGCGUCCUCCUCCUCGACGACAAACAACCGGCCACAGCCGGAUGUGGCUGGGUCGCGAGUCACCAGCAGCCAAUUACCCGACAAAAAUAUCUAGUGAUCCACGCCAUUAAAAUCUUUGAAAGAAGUUUGAGGAAGGAGAAGCAGGAGGAGGGCAAUUAUGGCCUCCAAUUACUGCUCGCUGGAUCACAGGAAGUUCUCCACCAGGGAAGUUCUCCACCAGGGAAGUUCUCCACCAGGAAAGUUCUCCACCAGGGAAGUUCUCCACCAGGGAAGUUCUCCACCAGGGAAGUUCUCCACCAGGGAAGUUCUCCACCAGGGAAGUUCUCCACCAGGGCAGUUCUCCACCAGGGCAGUUCUCCACCAGGGCAGUUCUCCACCAGGGAAGUUCUCCACCAGGGAAGUUCUCCGCCAGGGAAGUUUCCACCAGGGAAGUUCUCCACCAGGGAAGUUCUCCACCAGGGAAGUUCUCCACCAGGGAAGUUCCUCACCAGGGAAGUUCUUCACCAGGGAAGUCCACCAGGGAAGUUCCUUCUCCACCAGGGAAGGGGAAGUUCCUCACCAAAGUUCCUCACCAAGGAAGUUCUCCACCAAGGAAGUUCUUCACCAAGUUCUCCACCAGGGAAGUUCUCCACCAGGGAAGUUCUCCACCAGGGAAGUUCUCCACCAGGGAAGUUCUCCACCAGGGAAGUUCUCCACCAGGGAAGUUCUCCACCAAGGAAGUUCUCCAACAAGGAAGAAGUUUCUCCACCAAGGGGAAGUUCUCCACCAAGGAAGUUCUCCACCAGGGAAGUUCUCCCACCUCCAGGGAAGUUCUCCACCAGGGAAGUUCUCCACCAAGGAAGUUCUUCCACCAGGGAAGUUCUCCACCAGGGAAGUUCUCCACCAGGGAAGUUCUCCACCAGGGAAGUCACCAGGGAAGUUCUCCACCAGGGAAGUUCUCCACCAAAGUUCUCCAACAAGGAAGUUCUCCACCAGGGAAGUUCUCCACCAGGGAAGUUCUCCACCAGGGAAGUUCUCCACCAGGGAAGUUCUCCACCAGGGAAGUUCUCCACCAGGGAAGUUCUCCACCAGGGAAGUUCUCCACCAGGGAAGUUCUCCACCAGGGAAGUUCUCCACCAGGGAAGUUCUCCACCACCAGGAAGUUCUCCACCAGGGAAGUUCUCCACCAGGGAAGUUCCACCAGGGAAGUUCUCACCAGGGAAGUUCUUCCACCAGGGAAGUUCUCACCAGGGAAGUUCCACCAGGGAAGUUCUCCACCAGGGAAGUUCUCCACCAGGGAAGUUCUCCACCAGGGACCAGUUCUCCACCAGGGAAGUUCUCCACCAGGAAGUUCUCCACCAGGGAAGUUCUCCACCAGGGAAGUUCUCCACCAGGGAAGUUCUCCACCAGGGAAGUUCUCCACCAGGGAAGUUCUCCACCAGGGAAGUUCUCCACCAGGGAAGUUCUCCACCAGGGAAGUUCUCCACCAGGGAAGUUCCUCACCAGGGAAGUUCUCCACCAGGGAAGUUCUCCACCAGGGAAGUUCUCCACCAGGGAAGUUCUCCACCAGGGAAGUUCCUCACCAGGGAAGUUCUCCACCAGGGAAGUUCCUCACCAGGGAAGUUCUCCACCAGGGAAGUUCUCCACCAGGGAAGUUCUCCACCAGGGAAGUUCUCCACCAGGGAAGUUCUCCACCAGGGAAGUUCUCCACCAAGGAAGUUCUCCACCAGGGAAGUUCUCCACCAGGGAAGUUCUCCACCAAGGAAGUUCUCCACCAGGGAAGUUCUCCACCAGGGAAGUUCUCCACCAGGGAAGUUCUCCACCAGGGAAGUUCUCCACCAGGGAAGUUCUCCACCAGGGAAGUUCUCCACCAGGGAAGUUCUCCACCAAGGAAGUUCUCCACCAGGGAAGUUCUCCACCAGGGAAGUUCUCCACCAGGGAAGUUCUCCACCAGGGAAGUUCUCCACCAGGGAAGUUCUCCACCAGGGAAGUUCUCCACCAGGGAAGUUCUCCACCAGGGAAGUUCUCCACCAGGGAAGUUCUCCACCAGGGAAGUUCUCCACCAGGGAAGUUCUCCACCAGGGAAGUUCUCCACCAGGGAAGUUCUCCACCAGGGAAGUUCUCCACCAGGGAAGUUCUCCACCAGGGAAGUUCUCCACCAGGGAAGUUCUCCACCAGGGAAGUUCUCCACCAGGGAAGUUCUCCACCAGGGAAGUUCUCCACCAGGGAAGUUCCUCACCAGGGAAGUUCUCCACCAGGGAAGUUCUCCACCAGGGAAGUUCUCCACCAAGGAAGUUCUCCACCAGGGAAGUUCUCCACCAGGGAAGUUCUCCACCAGGGAAGUUCUCCACCAAGGAAGUUCUCCACCAGGGAAGUUCUCCACCAGGGAAGUUCUUCUCCACCAGGGAAGUUCUCCACCAGGGAAGCUCACCAGGGAAGUUCUCCACCAGGGAAGUUCCUCACCAGGAAGUUCUCCACCAGGGAAGUUCUCCACCAGGGAAGUUCUCCACCAGGGAAGUUCUCCACCAGGAAAGUUCUCCACCAGGGAAGUUCUCCACUCCACCAGGGAAGUUCUCCUUCACCAGGAAGUUCUCCACCAGGGAAGUUCUCCACCAAGGAAGUUCUCCACCAAGGAAGUUCUCCACCAAGGAAGUUCUCCACCAAGGAAGUUCUCCACCAGGGAAGUUCUCCACCAGGGAAGUUCUCCACCAGGGAAGUUCUCCACCAGGGAAGUUCUCCACCAAGGAAGUUCUCCACCAGGGAAGUUCUCCACCAGGGAAGUUCUCCACCAGGGAAGUUCUCCACCAGGGAAGUUCUCCACCAAGGAAGUUCUCCACCAAGGAAGUUCCUCACCAAGGAAGCUCUUCACUAGAAGUCCUCUUCAACAAAUGA